AUGUCGUUUAUGCGCGGCGACCUGCUGCAGAAGGCGCGGUUGCUGAUGCGCGGCGGCGUGGUCGACCCGCCCAAGUGGCUCGACGCGCUCUCCAAGUGCGUGGCGGGGAUGGGGGGGGCGAGGGAGGGGGAAGGAGGGGUGGGGCUGCAUGGAGGGGCGCGCGGUCGUCCUGCGACUCGUUUCGCGUCCCACCAGUCCCCAUUCCACCAGUCCCCAUUCCACCGCCGAACCUCCUUCAGGAUCAUCUCUAGCUGCCCUUCCUCCCGCCCAUCCCCCAUUCCCCCUCUCUUUGCCUCCCCUCCUUCCCCCUCCGCUUCUCCCCAUCCGCCUCUCUCCCCCGCGCCCCUCAGAGUGCCUCCACAGCCCAAGGCGCGGCGCUGCCCCAAGGCGCGGAGGAUAGAGUUCCCAGAGGACCCUCUGGUGGAGUCGUAUUAUGCAAGACACCCCGAGGCCAAGCUGCAGGCAUACCGGCUGCAGGGCUUUGACCCGCCAGUGGCGAGGCGGUUUGCAUGGCGGCAGCUGGAGCUGAUGCAGCAGGGAUUGAGCAAGCGCCACGCGAGAGAUGCCGUGGAGGCAGAGUUUGUGCGCGCGGAGCAGGAGGAGGAGGAGCGGGCGGUGCAGGAGUGGCGCCGGGCCAUUCGAGAGGGGCGCCAGCCCGCUGCAGUGCGGUGCAGUGCGGUGGAGGAGGUGCAGCAGGAGGAGCGCGCUCACAUGCUGGCAGGCCUUGAAGCCAUGGGGGCUCAGCUCGAGGCUGCUGCUGCCGAAGCUGAGGUGGAGGCUCGGGCUGCGCAGAAAAGCGUUGGGAGAUAG